AUCCUAACUAUUGAUUUCUUACUUUUAGGAUGUAAUUGUCAAAAUCCUUCAUUUCCUUGCCAAAUCAAACCGCCUAUUGCCCUUGGGGGCAUAUUCGUCAUUUCAUCUGUGUAGUCUCCAUCACAUUCUCACAUCUCUGGAACCCAACAAGUAAACCACCAAAGUUCAUUCUACCAAAUUCCCAAACUGCCCCUGAUUCUCCCACCUAUGUUUCCGUGUGUCGUAUUUGUCAUCAUAUAUUCAUAUAUGAACGGAGGGGUUUGUUUAUUUUAGGAAUAAAGAAAGAAAGCUCUGACGAAAAGUAAUUGAUGGAGGUGAAGCGCCGAACGAUUCGAACCCUGGUAGGGAAACUCAGCUCCGUCUCCGAACAAACACGCGCCGAUGCCCUCAGCGAGCUUCGUCUCAUCACUAAGCACGACGCCGAGAGCCGUCCCCUCAUCGCCGACGCUGGCGCCAUUCCUUACCUCGCCGAAACUCUCUUCUCCAACUCCCACGCCGCCCAGGAAGACGCCGCCGCCACCAUACUUAACCUCUCCAUCUCAUGUCGCGACUCCCUCGUCUCUACGCGCGGCCUACUUGACGCCCUCUCCCACGCGCUGUCCCAUCACAGAAGCUCAACCUCCGCCGCCGCCGUACAAUCCUCGGCCGCCACCGUCUAUAGUCUUCUGGUUAUUGACGAGUACAGACCGAUUGUUGGGUCGAAGAGGGACAUCAUCUACUCUCUGGUGGAUAUCAUCAAAGCCCCCAAUUCGCCGCCUAGAUCAGUCAAGGACGCGCUCAAAGCUCUGUUCGGGAUUGCGCUCUACCCGCUCAACCGGGGAUCCAUGAUCGAGCUCGGGGCGGUGCCGGUGCUGUUCUCCCUGGUGCUGAAGGACGGUCGCGUGGGGAUCGUGGAGGACGCCACGGCGGUUGUGGCACAGGUCGCCGGGUGCGAGGAGAGCGAAGAGGCUUUUCGGAGAGUGUCUGGAACCGGUGUUCUUGUGGAUUUGAUUGAUCCGGCGACAGGGUCGAGUCUUAGAACGAAGGAGAAUGCGGUAGCGGCCCUGCUGAACUUGGGGCGAUGCGGCGGUGAGAAGGUCGUGAGGGAGAUUAGGGAGAUGGGUCUAGGCGGCAACAGCGGGGCGGUGGAGGGGAUGAAGGAGGUGGCGGAGAGUGGCUCAGCCAAGGGAAAGGCUAAGGCGUUGGGUUUGCUUAAAAUGAUUGAUGUUGGGAAUGAGAAGAGGAGUGGGAGUGGGAGUGGGAGUGGAAGUGGCAUCCUUUACGGGUAUCAUGAUUCUGGAUUAGAUUCUUUACUAAGUCAGUCUUCAUCGAAUUGAGUCUUCAAUUAAAUUGGGUUGGGUGUGUCUUUAUUCUUUUGUUUAAUUAGAAAAGAAAAAAAAAAGGGUUUUAAUGAUGUAUAUUUAUGACUACUUACUCUGAUAGAUUGAUAGAUAGAUAGUUUAAAUGAAAUAUUUGUACAAAUGAAUGAUUGAUUUUGUUAUGAGAUUAAGUCUAUUUGACAUAUUUUAGAGAAACACUUGCAUAAUGACAGAACAGAUUGUUGUAA